UGAAGGCUGCACGGCGCCACUGGAACACUCAACCUGUGGAAAACACCUAGAGAACAUCUCCUCGCCUCCUAAGGGGAAGUCUCUGAGGAACCUCCUUUCGAAAACGGAAAUGUACAUCCGUAGGCUUGUCUUCACCUCGUCUCCGACCAUGGACCCCGAAGACGAAGAACCGAGCAGCCCCCGGUCCGGUUCGCGAAGGGAGCUGAAGUUUGAAGAGGCGGCGGGCGACGAAUAUUUUGACUUGGGGCACCACCGCGAGGAGAGGGCUGGGGAUGGGUGGGUGAUGGCUGACCCCAACGAAAACGGGUCAAAGGCCAUCAAUGGGAGGAAGGACUUUUGGGCGGCACCGCCGGGCAGAGAGUCCAAGCUGGAGGUGGUCAAAUCCGGCUCGCUGUACGACAUCCGGGCGUACAAAGGCGAGAUGAAGCCUUCGAGGCUUUACGACGAGGACGAAGAGGAGCUGAGGUACAGGAUCCGCCCCGAGGAGGCCUCGCCGGAGAAAGCCGAGGAGCUCGAGGAGGAACGGCGGGAGAUUAUCCGCAGCCAAGUGGUGAGGAAGAGCACCACCAUGGCCGAAAAGUGGAGCUCUGCGGAGGAGCUGGAGGACAUCAACGCUUCCUCCGCCGGCCGAGAAGCCGCCCCGGGGACGAGGAGUUAUUCCACCGGCUUCGCCGUCUGUUUCGACAGCCCGUCUUCCCGCUGGGAGAGCACCCCCGUCGACCCUCAAAACAUAGACACGGAGAAGAUCAACUUCGCCAUGGCUCGGCAACAGUUUUUGGAACUGGAGAAGACAAACCCCAAGCUGCUUCUGGGGCCGAGGAAACCGGCACCCAGCUCGCGGACAACGCAAAACAUUCAGGGGACGGAAGCGGAGCAGAUUCAGGAGCAGAUUCCUGAUGUCUACGGCCAGAGAAGAGUGGGUUGGUCUAGUGAGCGGGCAGAGAGUCGGGUUCCCCAAAGAACAGAGCCCACAUGUCCCAAGCAAGCCCCUAUUUGUCAAAACUCAGAUUACGGUCUGGCAGAAAUGCCCCAGAACACAAACGUUGUGGCGCCUGAUGGAAGAAGGGUCUACAUCAAAGAGGAGCUGGGAGAACCUCUGGACUGGGAGGCCGGUGGCCAAGGCCUUGCGGAAGAAGAUCUGGGGUCCUCGGACGAGACGCCCAUUGAGCGGGAAAUCCGGCUGUCGAUGGAAAGGGAGGACGCCCACCGCAAAGAGAGGGGGAUCCACCGGGUCGACAGCCGGGAUGAGCUGGUGGAGAUCCAGACCAAGCCUCUGCUGCUGUCCGCCGACACGCCGCCAGCUUCCUCCAGGAAAGGAAAAGACAAACACGGCGUUUCCUUCUUCGUGCAGAGGGAGAUCGAGCAGGAAACCAGGCGAGAGGAGGACCUGCAGAAGGAAGGGAGGCUGUCCGGGACGUACGACAGGGGGGUCUGCCGGGAGAUCUCGGAACGCCGGAAAGUGUUCGAAAGGGACGAGGAGGCCCCCAUGACGGCAAGGAUGCUGGGGGAGAGAGAGGAGGCCCGGAAUGGUGACCCCGGGAAAAGGACGGCCGGCCAGGACGUGAAGUGGAGCUCAGAGGCCUACCAGCCUUCUUUACCCAGCAGAAGAAAGCAAAGGGGCGACUCGCCCCCUUUCGACCAGAACGACACUGUUUUCGGCCAGCGGGUGGAUUCCUCUGGCGCUCGGGUUCUGGGAGACUCGGAGCCUGCGAUUUUGCGGGAGGGACAUUUCGCCAUCCCGGUGAGGAAACUCAGGUUCUCGUCCCCCGUCGACCGGGAACCCCUGACCUCCCGGAGGAAAGAGGGCAGCCCGGAGUGGGCCGCUCCCCGGGAGGAGCUGUACACCGUGAAGACGCAGAGACCCCGGAUGUCGGCCCUGAUCGACCAGGAGAUCCGGGACGCUUUGCAGAGGGAAGUGGAGCUCCAGGAGCAGAGGAGAAGAGCCGGGACAGCGACGGGGUCGAAGGCGCCCUCUCGGACGUCGUCGCAGAGCUCGGCUGCUUCGGGGAUUUCCGACAGCUACUGCGUAUCGGCCGCGGCUGCUCCCGAUUCCCCUGCGAGGUCAUCUCCCUCGGCGUCCCCGCGGCAAGCCUAUGCGGGGAGACCAUCCUCGGAGCGUCCCUCGGCGGAAGAGGAGAAGACCAAGAGGCACAGGGAGGGAGGAAAGUAUGCUGGCAUCGAUCUGCACGACGAAAUCGACUCUGAGGUUGUGAAAUCCACCAAAGUCGUCUGCCAGAGGGGACUCCUGGCUCAGCUUUGGGAGACGGGCCAGAUCCGCGGGGCCGGCGACGACAGCGACUGAUCCUUUGAGAGGAACUAGAUUUCCCAAAGCCGGGGUUGGCGCCCACCUGCGGGGCUUUCCUUUGGUUCCCCCUCCCCUUUUAAUUCUCUGUGUUGUUGUUUUUCUGUUCGAUCCCGCUGACCCAUCUAUGCCCAAUUAAAACUCUGCGUUGCUUUGAU